AUGAAGAUCAAUGGUACUCGGAAAAAAAAAUGUUCCCUUCAAACAGGUGAUGUAUGUCCAUGUGAAGAAAUAUUCUUUAAAAAAAAUACAGAUAUACCUCUUAGAUAUAUUUAUGUUGAAGGCCAUGGUUUUUUUGUUAACAAAGGGAUAAUAAAUUAUAAAAUAAUAUCCAUAGAAAAACCAAGUGAUAAAUUAUUUGCUAAAAUUCCAAAGAAUUGGAUGAAUAAUUGGACAGAUCUUAAUCUUGGGUUGGAUUUUAUACUUCCAAGUCCAAUAAUUAAGGUAAAUGAAUGUGUAAAAAUUCAAAUUUGUUUGACUUCACCAUUACAUCGAGUAGAUGAAAAUGAUACAAUGAUUCUUCGAUGAAGAACAACGUUUAAAAAACCAAUGAAAAGAAAAGAAAAACAACCAAAACCUAUUCCAUUAAAACCAUCUAUUAUCCCUUCUACUAAAAUAUCAGCCGAUCUCAACAAAAAGGAACCAGAACAAAAGUUUUCUUAUGAUGAUUUUGUACGUAAUGCAUCAUUCAAAGCUAAUAAAUCAGUGAUGUCAACAUCAAAUUCUUGA